CAUACGCCAUGUCCUCUGCCUCCUCGACGUCCUCGACGUCCUCGGCGACCGCCUCCGCCUCCUCCUCCGCCGUCUCUAGCACCCUCCAGACAUCUAGCAACCUCAAAAUCGUCGGUAUCGUCCUCGCCGUCGUCAGCGGCGUUCUCAUAGGAUGCAGUUUUGUCUUCAAGAAGAAAGGUCUUUUGCGCUCGCAGGCCGGGCAGACCGCAGGCGAGGGUGUAGCUUAUCUCAAAUCCGUAUUAUGGUGGACGGGCAUGAUCAUGAUGAUCAUGGGUGAACUAUGUAAUUUUGCAGCAUACGCUUUCGUUGAAGCUCUCCUCGUCACCCCUCUCGGCGCGCUGUCAGUAGUGAUAUCAGCCAUGUUGUCCCAUUGGAUUCUCAAGGAAAGACUCACAUUUUUUGGCUGGCUCGGAUGCGGGCUCUGUCUUCUCGGUUCAACGAUCAUAGCGCUCAAUGGUCCCCAGGAGGACUCAGUGGGCCAAAUUAGAGAGUUUCAGAAACUCUUUCUCGCUCCUGGCUUCCUCUCCUACGCCUCGGUGUCCAUAGUAGGCGCCCUCUCCAUCAUAUUUUACUUCGGUCCAAAAUACGGAAGCAAGAACAUGAUUUGGUAUAUCCUCGUCUGUAGCAUGAUCGGUGGCAUCAGCGUCAGCGUAACAACUGGGCUUGGAGCCGCCAUCGUGACCACCGCGCGAGGUGAUAAUCAGUUCAAAUACUGGUUUAUCUAUUUCCUAAUGAUUUUCGUCGCGGUCACACUGAUAACGGAGGUAUUUUACCUGAACAAGGCACUGGCCCUGUUCAACACUGUCACCUUUUGUUCCAUGGUUACGACCGUGAUCCUCUUCCAAGGGCUUAAAGCGGGCGUCAGCCAAAUCAUCACCAUCGUCAUGGCUUUCCUCGUCAUUUGCGUGGGUAUCACGAUCCUGCAGAUGUCCAAGGUCGACCCGACCGAGCUAAAAACGCUCGACCGCCGCUCGACUAUCCUCCUCCAGGCUGCGCGCAAACAGACUGAGUCCGUCGAAGAGAAGUCGCUUGCGGGCGUCGAGGAUCCCGGAAUGGACGCGCUGCGCGGCUCCUUCGGCGCUGUCGGGAGCAUCAUCCGCGCGCGGUCCGCCCACCGCAUGUCCCAGUCGUCAGCCCGCGCAUCGUCCGUGCGCUCAUCUCGCUUCGGCGGGCUCCCGACCUCCCGCUUCGACACCGACCGCACGCUCCCGCCGACGCCUAGCUCGCGGGUCGAAGCGCUCCCGAGCGGGCUGAAGCGCCACCAGCUCUUCGACCCGCCCGUGCCGACGCACUCCUUCUCGUUCGACCUCGACCAUCGCGACAGCGACGUGUUCUCGCUCACAAGCCAACCCGGACGCAAGCAAACGAUCAAGUUCGACGAGCAGGACACCGUGCACCAGUACCACCCGCCGGGCACUGGCGACGACUCCGCGACGCACGAGCACCGGCUCGCGCUGCACGCUCCGCUCUCGCCCGGGCGCUCUGCCUCCAUCAUGGCGGACAACGGCUCCAUCGCGUCCACGCCCUCGACGUCGACGGGCAACUCGACGAUUGGGUCUGCGGUCCCACCGCCGGGCUUGCCGAGCGCACAGCGGCAGAGCGAGGCGGACGUGGAGAUACACGGGCUUCGCACGGCGCCGCCACGGUUGGGACUCGGUAACCUGAGCGGGGGCCCGCGCUCAGGCGCGGGCUUACCACCGUCGGGGCUCGGCCUGUCGUCGUACGUGGACCCAUUUGAGGGCUCACCGUCGACGACGACGCUCGCCUCGUUCCCCUCGGCAUCGUCCACGGCGUCCGCAGCGGCGAUGUACGACUCAGAGCGUGCGCGGAUAGUUGGGCACGGGCGGUUCGGGCGGGCUUCGGGGUCGGUGAGCAGUCGUGACUAUCCGCGCGCGGGCCGCGCGGAGGACGCGGAGGAGCGGGAGAUGUUGUGGGGGCGGCGGUCGGAGAGCGAUGAGGAGCUCGUUGGCGAUGUGGAGGGCGAGCGGGAGGGCGAGAGCGACGAGCGGGAUCAGCCGUCGCCACCGCCAGGAGCGAUUCGGCUGGUAUCGAGCGUGUCGCGGCCGCCACGGUUUUAA